CGCGCACAGACACGCUCCCUCCCUCCGGCGCGCUCUACCACUCGCCCGCCAGCGGCACACGCAGCCGGCCCCGGCUCCCCGCGCCCCGCCGCCGCCGAGCGUAGCCGGGCUGCGCUGGGAGCUGCUCAUGGAGAAAGUGCCGGGCGAGAUGGAGAUAGAGCGCAGGGAGCGGAGCGAGGAGCUGUCCGAGGCGGAGAGGAAGGCGGUGCAGGCGACGUGGGCCCGGCUCUAUGCCAACUGCGAGGACGUGGGGGUGGCCAUCCUGGUGCGAGACUUGGAAGAACAGAGCAAAGGGCGAAAGAAUAGAGGUCAGAAGGAGUAGACCCUGGAGGUCCGGUUUUCCCAGCUGGCCCCUUCCUGCCCCUGGGGCCAGGCCAGCAGGGAGCUCCCAGGUGAGGUGCAGGUUCUUUGUGAACUUCCCGUCGGCCAAGCAGUACUUCAGCCAGUUCAAGCACAUGGAGGAGCCCCUGGAAAUGGAGCGGAGCCCGCAGCUGCGGAAGCACGCCUGCCGGGUCAUGGGGGCCCUCAACACCGUGGUGGAGAAUCUGCACGACCCCGAGAAGGUGUCCUCUGUGCUUGCCCUCGUGGGCAAAGCCCACGCCCUCAAGCACAAGGUGGAGCCUGUGUACUUCAAGAUCCUCUCUGGGGUCAUCCUGGAGGUGAUUGCUGAGGAAUUUGCCAAUGACUUCCCACCCGAGACGCAGAGAGCCUGGGCCAAGCUUCGCGGCCUCAUCUACAGCCACGUGACCGCUGCCUACAAGGAAGUGGGCUGGGUACAGCAGGUCCCCAACGCCACCACCCCACCGGCCACGCUGCCCUCUUCGGGGCCAUAGGACCCCCUCUCUCCUCCCCGCUCCCUGGCAGCACCUUGAGCAGAAGGCCGAGUUCUGAAGACGCUCCUUGACCCUCCAUCUCUGGGUGCCAAGGAAGCUGGAGGAAUCCCUGACUCGUCUUCCUGGAAAGAGGCUGCCUCGGCCUCGGCCACAGUCCCCCUGGAGCCGCCGGAAGGUUGCAUCAGCUGCCUGGUUGCUGACCCCAGCUCAGCGGCGCAGAGGGUGGCCUGUGGGGUGGGGGCCCCUUCCUCCUUGGAGAGCCGGGCACACCCUUCUUAGCUUUUCUACUCACUGUUAGAGACCUAGCUGAGCGGCCAGCGGGAAUCGGGGGCAGGCCUGUGAGUCACUGGAGGAGCAAACCAGCCCUGUUUCUAUCUGCCUGGCCACACACAGGUCUCCACAUCACUUAUCUAGAAUACCACGCACACACGUCUACCGUAUAUACAGAUAUAUUCUAUAUACAAUCUAUAUAUAAAUCUAUAUCUAUAUAUAUACACAUACAUAUCUAUAAUGUGUAUCAGUAAGGCCCAGAGGCACGAGUGAAGCCUCGGUUCUGCCCACCGAGGGGUCCUGGCAGCUCCUGGGCAGAGAACAGAGUGUUCCGGCAGAGAUGACGGGGUCCCACAUCAGCACGGAGAGGACCCGGGCCUGCGUGGGCAGGGUUGGGGUGACCCAGCUUGCCAGCAAAGCCCAGCCCAUUCUCUGACCAGCUCCCCACAUUCCUGCUUUCCACUUCGGGCAGAAAGGAUUUGGUGUUCCCUACCUCUGCUCCCCACAAAAGGAGGUGGGUCCCUGACUUGCCCCUAAAUGGGCAAGGGGGCCAGAAGCUCUGGACAGGAUGACUGCAGCAGGGGAGGGGCCAUGGUCCAGAAACCUCGGAUGGCAGCUCCAUCUGCCUUUGCCACUAAGACAGACGGCCCUGGCGGGAGGGGGAUCCAGGCUGCUAUCAGUGGGGCAGUGGUGACGGGACCAGAUGCCUCCAUCUCUUCCUGGGGCUCUGAGGGCUGAGGGCCUUCCCUCCCCUGCCUCUCCUGGCUGCUGGCUUGCAGUCAGCCCUCUGCAUCCAUCUAGGUCAGCGUUGCUGGGGACCCCCCCAAUGUGUGCCCCUUGGUCACGUGUAUUGUCCUCAAAGAUGUUUUGCUGCUGUGGCUACUGUGCCUGUGUCCUCCUGUCCCAUCUUCGUGCAGCCAUCCGUGUAACUGCCUGUCCUCCUUUUGUAGUUUCUGAUGUUUGUAACUAGACCCAGCCAUGUCAUUAAACAGACUCGUUCUUCCUG